GCUGGGAGCGGUGCUCAAGCUGAGCCUUCAGGUGAGAAGCCGCAGGGUCAGGAGAAUGAUGCCACGAGUGCCACAGCACCAGCCUGUGAUGAGACGAAGGAUGCAGAGGAGCUUCCAGGCUACGAGCAAGCAGAUCACCUGAAGGGUCAGGGCAAGGACAAGUUCGCGCGGGGCGAGGUGUCCGAGGCAGUGACCUGUUGGCUGCAAGCUUUGGAGUCGCUGCCUCCGCCAGCUUCAGGACCUCGUGGCUUGCCUGGGAUGCUAGGCUUGCUUCCUCAACCUGAAGAGCCGCAGGCUCCCAAGGAGGACCACCGCAUCCUUGAGCUGCGCGUGGCAUUGCUUCUGAAUUUGGCUUUGGCCCACUCGAAGCUGAAAAAGUUUCGGCAGGCAGUGGGCUUUUGCGAGGAGGCGUUGCUUGAUGAGCCUGAGAGCGUGAAGGCCCUUUACCGCAAGGCGGAUGCACUCGGCGAGCUUUGUGACUGGCAAGUCGCCGAAGAGGCAGCUGCCAAGCUGGAAGCCACCGGUGCGGAGGGUGCGAAACUCGCCGCGCAGAAGCGAGAGGAAUGGAAGCGACGACAGCGGCAGGCAGACGGCAAGCAGAAGAAGAUGUGGUCAGCUGCGCUGGAGAAGAAGGCCCAAGCCAAGGAGCCGCCUGUGAAGGUUGCGGAUGCAAAGUCCAAGGCAGAGAUCCUGGCUUGGUCCCCUCCCAAGCUUGAGAUGAUGAGCCCUUUCGAUUUGAGAAAGAAGACCAUCGUUUGGGAAGAGGAAGAGGACUUCAAUGACAAAAUCUGGAAGGAGUCCCUCGGUCGAAAAGAAGCGGCUUUCUUUCAGAAGCAAGCUUUGCCGCUGUCGCUGGUGGCAGCUGCUGCGCUGGCAGACUUGGAGCUAACAGCGCUCUCCGAGCUGGUGGUGCACUGCAUUUUGGACGGCAACGUGGCACCGUUUGCCGAGCCGCAUGACUGGAGCAUACUCCUGAAAAGAUGCCCCGAGGUGCGGAACGUGCUGGUUGUCUACAUUGACAUAGGAGCAGUGGGCGUGGAUAAAGAUGGCCAGCCACCACAGCCAUAUGGCACCCUUUUGCGCCCCACAGAGGAGGGGCGUGUUGGGGAGCGUGUGGCCCGCUCAGCACGAUUCAUGGGCACUUACGAUGAGUUUCUGGCUCACUGCAAGGACCUGCCUGGCCUGGUUCGACCAGGCGUAGCGUUGUGGGCCGACGUCCCGCUGUACGGCUUCAAUGACGAUGACUUUGCAAUUCGCCUUCAGGCAAUUUCAAGGCUGUCUGCCGCAGGGAUAACAUCUGUCAUAACCAUGGGCGGCGAGGUGCAAGAGCCUGGCGGCUUCCCCCUAGCCUACAAGCUGGAUGAGCAGGCCAAGCAGUCGAUUGCUGUCCUGUCAAUCGCGACGGGGAUGAAGAAGUUGGCCACAUGGCAAUGGAAUCGAUUUGUGGUGCCCUUGGAUCGAGGUCCCCAAGGAAUCCUUGCUGGCCACGCCGUCUUGGGCGUCCUCGGGCCGGGAAUGAAGAGCUUGCCGAAUCUGCAGACGGUCAAGGAUGCGCUGAAGAAGCGUGGAGUUGCCCUCACGCCUUUCAAACUUCCACUUCCCCCUGGCAAGAGUCAGAGCCAGGAGGAGGAGAAGUUUGCCGAGAUGCGAGACAAGCAGUGGCAGGCGUUUUGCAAGCAUCUUCAAUCGCAGGGCAGGCAGGUUGCUACCGCCCAGUCCAGCGAAGAGGAGAAGAGAAGACAGACCAUGGAAUGGUACCAAUAUAUUGGAGGGAGCAUGCCCGCACAUUAAGAGCCAA